GAACUUUAAAACAACAUGCGUGGCAUGAACACGCGGUUCUGUCUCUCUCUAUUUCUAAUAUUUCUUCUAUAAAUGCUCUUCUUCCUUCUCAUUGCUUCCUCCUCAUUUUAAUACACCUCGAAAGCAGAGAUAAAUAAGAGAGAGAGAGAGAGAGAGAGAGAGAGAGAGAGAUUCAGAGAAAGGAGGGGAGAAGGAGCUGAGUGGUCUCAUUACCAGUACUAGCUCCAUACAAACCGAAACGACGUCGUCCCCUCAAAUAUCAUCUGCAAUCUCUCCUCCCACGACUUCCUCAGCUUUUCUCGGGUUGUAGUUAAUCUAAUUACGAGAGGAGAUCUUGUCUCACGGUGGGAUUGAGUUUUUCUCUUUACGAAGAUCCUGCCCCAGGCAUCUAACUGCAGAAAAUGGUGAUGUGGGUCUUUGGCUAUGGUUCUCUUGUGUGGAACCCAGGAUUUUACUACGAUGAGAAAGUGUUAGGUUUCAUCAAGGGAUAUAAACGUGUCUUUGAUCUUGCUUGCAUUGAUCACAGAGGUACACCAGAACACCCGGCAAGAACUUGCACCCUCGAGAAAGAUGAAGAAGCCAUAUGCUGGGGUACUGCAUUCUGUGUCCGUGGAGGACCAGAAGAAGAACGUCUGGCUAUGGAGUACUUGGAACGUAGAGAGUGUGAAUAUGAUCUCAAGACAUGUGUGGACUUUUACAAGGAAGAUGAUCCCCUGAAGCCAGCUGUAACUGGAGUGAUGGUAUUCACUUCUACUCCAGACAAGAUCUCCAACAAGUAUUACCUUGGACCUGCGCCAUUAGAAGACAUGGCAAGACAAAUCGCCACAGCCAAUGGACCAUGUGGUAACAACAGAGAUUAUCUAUUCCUGCUAGAGAAGGCAAUGCACGACAUCGGGCAUGAGGAGGAUUAUGUUAUAGAGCUGGCGAACGAGGUGAGGAAAGUUCUUGCUGAGUCCUCGACGAAGAAGGUGUCACCGGUGAAGGAAUCAAGAGCGAGCCGUGUGGCUAACAAGUCCAAGAGCAAUGUCCCCACUGCUCAUCAGAUACUUGCUCAUCAACCUGAAGCUGUUGCCACUACUAUUUAGCUCUUGCACUUGUCUUUUAAUUGGCUUUAGACAUGAGGGAUUCUGCUUCGUUUUGCUUCCUUCUUUAACAAAGUUCGUUUUUCUUUUCCCAAGCAGAGAAGAGUUAUCUUUGUGUGUUUGAAAACUCUGUUAUAUUGACAACUUGUCCUAACGAGUGCUAGUUGUUUUAUCUUUCUGGCUCAUUUCAGCAUCUUUUGGAGAAAACAAAAUACAGUAUGAUUAGAUGAUUGUGAAUAUGAUCCGUUUAAUUGCCUUUUCAUCCACUUUUUUCACAAGUUUUUCUUUUACAAAUUCUUUUUAUCAAUAAAUCCGC